UUUUUCUAAAAAGUUGGCAACGAAAAAAACUUGACAGCUUGCGUGUCGUCGUCGGUCUCUUUACCAUCCGGCCGUUGUAUUGUUCAGACUUACUGGCUACCGCAGUAAACCAGUGCGAUCAAAAUGGUUACCGCCAAGAAGCAGAAAAAGACCUUGGAGAGCAUCAACGCUCGUCUGGCUCUGGUCAUGAAGUCCGGCAAGUAUUGCCUGGGCUACAAGCAAACCCUGAAGACUCUCCGCCAGGGCAAGGCCAAGCUGAUCAUCAUUGCCAACAAUACUCCCCAUCUGAGGAAAUCCGAGAUCGAGUACUACGCCAUGUUGGCCAAGACCGGAGUCCAUCACUAUAACGGUAACAACAUCGAGCUGGGAACGGCCUGCGGAAAGUAUUUCCGUGUCUGCACCCUGUCCAUUACCGAUGCCGGUGAUUCGGACAUCAUCCGUACCCUGCCGGAGGCUCAGGCCGCUGGACAGUAAACAAUCAUAUUGGAUUGUUUGCCGCAUUUUUUUGAAAAAAGAAAACUAAUAAAAACCCUCUCCUAGCAGGGUUGUUGGUAUAAAAAAGUUUGCUCUCCUUCCAAACCAUCAUCUCGUUCGUUUAUUGAUAUUCAAUAAAUGUGUGUAAAUGUUCAAAUGAUUUUGCUUUCCUUUUCGGUUAUCGAAUUAGUUAUUCUGCGACAUCUGGAAUAAAUGGAUGUGAUCCCUCGAUAGGUGAUCCUAACAUGGAAA